UUCGAAAGUUUAUAAAAUUAGAAUUGUGAAUUGUGAGGGAUAAAAACAAGAUGUGGCUACGAAUACUUGUAUCACUGGUAUUGGUGCAAUAUCUGAAUGGUCAGUGCGAUGUUUGUCAGACAAACAGGGCCGCCUGUCAUUCCCAGAAUACUUAUUCGAUCUGCAUCAACGGCAAGGCAUCAAAAAAUAUUAUUACUUGUCCAACCAAUUACGUUUGUACGGAUGGAAAAUAUAUAUGUUAUGCGGAAAGCCACAAUGAUCCCAUUUGUAAGCCUGUAGUCGAUCUGAAUGCAUAUUGCAAUGCUAUCGGAAAGCCAGACAACUAUGAAAACAAGGAUGAUCCCACCUGCAAAACAUUUAUUUAUUGUUACGAAAAUGGCUCGACUGGUCGACUAAUAGGACUCUUAAAAACGUGCUCAAACAAAAAACCCUAUUUCAAUGGAACUGCCUGCGAUACCGCGAAACCAGAUUUCUGUACAUAAUUUUGUCAAUCUCGCUUUUAAUAAAA